CCUGCGGCAGCCCAAUUAGCGCCGUGGAGCCCAAGGAAGCCCCCACGGGGCCGUGUGGGGCCACCCCACACCUCUGGGCACUGUUUCAGCCCUGCCCCACCAAUUCUGUGCCCCUGACCCGGGGGCUCCCUGUGGGUCCAUCCCAUCUCCAUGCCCUUGGGUGGGUGCCUCGAGCCCACCCUGCUCGGUGAGGGGGGGGCGUUGUCAGAGCAGCAAACCCACCCUUAACGUCCCCAAAAUGCUUGGGGACAAGGGGACCCAUUGGCACGAGCACCUGGGUGCGUGCACACCUGCUGCGUGGCGAUGGAGCCGCGCACGGGGGGGCACGGAGACCCCCAAAGCAGGGGGGUGUCUGCAGGGGGCGGGUGCAGGCAGCACCCUUGGGUGCCCCUACACACCCCGAACCCCCACCCUGGGGCAGCGCAGCCUCUUCUCUACGGCCUCAGCCGCUCAGCCUCCGCCUGCAGCCUCCGCACAUCCUGCGCCCUCCGCGAGGCCGCUUCCUGAGCGGGGCAGGAAGAGCGCGGGCUGCCACGGCGCCUCGCAGGGCAGCCCGAGACCCCCGGGGCGAGCCCCGGCCCCAUGCAUGGAGGUGGCCGCCGGCCCCCCCUGAGCCCCCAGCCCCAUGGCUUUCCUCCGGAGGCUUUUCCGUUUGGGUCCGGAGAAGAAGAAGCCCAGGCGGUGCGAGCACGUCAAGCGGGACGUCGACCCCGAGGAGGCCUGGCUGGUGCUAGGCGAGCUGGGCGAUGGGGCCUUCGGCAAGGUCUUCAAGGCACAAAACAAGGUGACGGGGGCAUUGGCGGCGGCGAAGGUGAUCGAGACGCCAAGUGAGGAGGAGCUGGAGGAUUACGCGGUGGAGAUCGAGAUCCUGGCGGGCUGCGACCACCCCAACAUCACCAAGCUCCUGGAUGCGCUCUACUGGGACGGGCGGCUCUGGAUCUUGGUGGAGUUUUGUCCCGGCGGGGCUGUGGAUGCAGCGAUUUUGGAGCUGGAGAAGGGGCUGACGGAGGAGCAGAUCCGAGCGGCGUGCAAGCAGCUCCUGCUGGCGCUGCAGUACCUGCACGGCUGCAAGAUCAUCCACCGCGACGUGAAGGCUGGCAACGUCCUGCUCACCCUCGAUGGGGACAUCAAGCUGGCCGAUUUCGGCGUCUCUGCUAAAAACUCCAGCACCAUCCAGCGCCGGGCAUCCUUCAUCGGCACCCCGUACUGGAUGGCCCCGGAGGUGGUGCAGUGUGAGACGUCCAAGGAGAACCCCUACGGCUACAAGGCCGACAUCUGGUCCCUGGGCAUCACGCUGAUCGAGAUGGCCGAGAUGGAGCCCCCCCACCAUGAGCUGAACCCCCUGCGGGUGCUGCUGAAGAUCGCCAAGUCCCAGCCGCCCACCUUGCGUCACCCCAAGAGGUGGUCCGAAGACUUUAAGGACUUCCUGAGGAAAUCCUUGGAGAAGAGCCCCGAGGCGCGCUGGUCGGCCACGCAGCUGCUGCAGCACCCCUUCGUGGCGGGCGUCUCCGACAAGCGGCCGCUGCGGGAGCUGGUGGCCGAGGCCCGGGCAGACGUGCUGGAGGAAGAGGAUGAGGAGGAAGCUCCGGGCCCCUCGCCUGUCCAGAAGCACGGAGGCUCCUCCUGCCCCCCAUCCCCGAGGGAAGCCCUGCAGCAUCAGCCCCCAGCCCCAGCGGGGGGGCUCAGCGAAGAGCCCCCUAUCCAGACGGAGGUAGUGCCCAGGAGCAAGACAGCGUCUGGCGACUUGAAGUCAGCGAGGAGGAAAUCCUCGCCCGUGCCCACGGGCUCCCUGAGGCUCCCCUCGAGGAAGCCGUCCGAAUUCCUGAAGCUGAUGCGGCGCAGGUCGCUCUUCGGGGGGGUCAGGGCCCAAGAAAUGUCUCAGGAGCAGCAGCGGGGGGAGGCGAGCGGCUUGGAGCACUUGGCGCUGGGUGCACCCCAGGGGACAGCGGAGGCAGGAGGAGACAUCCAGGGGUGCCAGCAGGAGGGCAACGUCCCUCCGGGGACCCCCUGCACCCCAGCUGAGCCCCCCCCGGGGCCAGGCCAGGAGGGAGACCUCGCUGAAACGCAAGAACCCCAGCGUGGACCCGGGGCUGAGGAUGGAAGCCAACACACCGAUACCCCAGCCAUGGAUGAAAUGCCUGCGGAGGGACAGCUCACAGCCCCGCUGCGCCCCGUUUCGCCCCCAAAAAUUGAUGAGAAAAAGGAAUCGAGGGAUGCUGCAGCUCGUAGCCUGCCCAUCCUGCCUGGGCCCCCAGAUGGAGCCGAUGGGGGCUGGUGUGGAGGCUCUGCCAAAGGGGUUCUGGGUGAGGAUCCAGGAGGACAGAGGACAAAGCAGCACCCAAGCUGUGCUGGUGCCCACACCAAGCACCAGCCGUGGGGUGGCUCCCAGCUGGUGGCAGCCCUGGACCUGUGGCCCUUGGGGACCAAAGCCCGGAGCUUCAAGAAGCUCGCAGAGCAUCAGUGCUGGGUCACGGCACCCUCACGAGGUCCAAAAGUUGAAGCUGGCUCCAUCGGGGCUGGAGGUGCCCCUGGGAAGGACAGGGACGGAGCAGAGAGGGCACCCACGGGACCUGAGGGUGAUGGGGAGCCUGAGGACACCAAAACAGAGGGGGAGAGGGUGCUGCAGGAGGGGGCAUCAUUGGUGCCCUGUGUGAUGGAGGAGGAAGCUGUGGGGUCAGAAGUGCCUGAGGGGGGACAGGAGCCCCCGACCGGUCAGGGAGAGGAUGGAGAGAGGAACGAGGGGGAGAAAAACUCAGCUGAGUGCGAGCCCAUCGCUGGCUCCUCGGCCCUGGUUAGGCAGGAGGUUGGGGGGGAGGAGGAAAAAGCCACCAACAGCGAUGAAACCCCGGUGGAAACUUCUCCUGGUGAAGCCCCGGUGCCGGCAGAAGCCCAGCUGGAAGAUGAGACUGGGGAAGGGCGUCUGGCUGGAGACCCCAGUGCAGUGGGGGGUGCAGCCGGCCUGGCCGAGCCGAUGCCAACGGGAGAGGAGCUGGAAGCAGCCCCUGCAGGAGGGGGACCUGCCGGUGAGGGAGCCCAGAUGGCAGCAGGGGAUUCAUCCAGCGUGGAGAUCCCGGGGGCGCUUAAAGAAGAAGAGAAAGGAGAGGACAGCCCCAGAGAUUGCCAGCAAGGGGCUGCUAACGGGAACAGCUGGAGGGGACACGAUGGGGACGACGGAGAGCUCGGGGAUGGGGCACGGCUUGGAGAUGGGGCACGGCUUGGAGAUGGGGCACAGCUCAGAGAUGGGGCACAGCUCGCUCCAGCUCCUGGAGAACCUUUGAGGGAUGAAGAGGUGGGCGGCUUGGAGAGUCACGGAGCGGUGCCAGAGCCCCUUGGAGCACCCCCAGAGGCCACGAACACCUCGAGCGUUGCUGCUCUUGUCUGCUCCCUCGCCCAGGUGCAGAACGCACCAGACCCAUCGGUCACGUCAAAGCAAGGAGAAGAGCCACCUCCUGCAGAAAACCCCGCAGCCGUACAAGGUCUGAGCACCCUCCCUGUGACACCGCAGCCCCCCCCCUCUGUCGGGGAAGCCCAGCAGCCGCAGGACCCCCCCUCGCUGCGAAGGACGGUGAGGAAAACCCGCAGGUUCGUGGUGGACGGCGAGGAGGUGAGCGUGACAACCGCCAGGACGGCCAGCAGGGCCGGGCCGAGGGAUGAGAAGACGCGCUCGGCUCGGCGCCAGGAGCUCCGCGAGCUGCGGGUGCUGCAGAAGGAGGAGCAGCGUGCGCAGAGCCAGCUGGAGCAGAGGUUCCACCAGCAGCGGGAGCAGAUGUUCCGCCACAUCGAGCAGGAGAUGACGAGCAAGAAGGAGUACUACGACCGGGAGGUGGGGAGCUGGGAGCGGCGCCACCGGCAGCUGAAGGAGUGCCAGGAGCUCAAGUACACGGCCAGGCUGCGCGACGAGGCCAAGCGCCUCAAGGCCCUCCAGGAGAAGGACUGCAGGAGGAGGCUGCAGGAGCUGAAGGGCGAUGGGAAGGAGGAGCAGCGGUUCCUGCAGCAGCAGCAGCAGGAGCUCAACGCGGCGCUGCAGAGGGUGGUCCAGGAGCACAAGAAGAAGAUGACGUCCAUCGACUGGGAGUGCAUCAGCAAGAUCCACAGCCUGCGACGAGCCCGCGAGGCGGUGGUGUGGAGCAUGGAGCAGGGGCACCUGCAGGAGAAGUACCAGCUCUUCAGGCAGCAGGUGACGGAGCAGCACGCGCUGCAGCGGCAGCAGCUCCGCAGACGCCACGAGAAGGACACGGAGCGGGUGCAGCGCUUCCACCAGCUCGCGCUGGAGGAGCUGAGGAGCCAGCAGGCCCAGCAGCGGGCCCAGCUGCUGAAAAGCCAGCGCUGCGACGCCAAAACGCGCCUGGCCCUCUUCAAGGGCAACCUGAAGAGCCAGGAGGUCAACGGGGCCGAGCAGAGAGAGCUGGCCAAGCAGUUCCUGCAGCAGGAGGAGAGGCGGCAGCAGGCGGAGGUGCGGCGGCAGCAGCAGCAGCAGGCGCAGGAGCUGCAGCAGCUGCAGCAGCAGCAGGCCGAGAACUUGGUGGAGCUGGAGCAGAUGCAGAGGGAGAAGAUGCAGCUGCUGGAGGAGCAGGAGAGGAGGCAGCUGGGGCGGCUGGACGAGGAGCACGCCAUGGAGCUCAGCGAGUGGAAGCAGCGGCUGGCUGCCCGCAAGGAGAUGCUGGAGGAGGAGCUGGGGAACGCGCUGCCAGCGCAGCGGCACGGAGAGCUGCACGGCACCCACGGCAGCAGGACCGGCCGCUUCUUCCACCUCCCCUCCUGACACUACGCCGGGGGUUUCGGGGAGAGGCAGGCGCCCUCCAGGAGCUGGGAAUGAAGGACCCCAAAGGCUGCCCCAGGAUGCUGAGGUGCUGCAAGGACCACGGGGGCGGCAGGCGUGGAAGCCUUCAAGCCCUCCUUGGUCCCUGCCAUGCAGCCAGAAUGGCCCCAAAGCCCCUCGGGGCAGUCACCCCCCUGACCCCAAAGCCACGGAUACAGGGGCGUUGCCCUCCUGCCAGCUGGUUACCCCUCGAGGAAAUACAGCCUUUAACAAAGUC